CUCUCUCCUCUGGUUUCACUUUUGUUUCAGAGAUCAAGGUUCUGUCACGUUGAUGGGUUGCCUAUCUCAGGAGCCGGUUGAGCCACCACCAUGCCCUGCCCCAUUAUAAACCAACUUGUUAUGGUCAAAGGGCUCUCCGUGCCUCCCUCCCUCUACACACAGCAAUAACUUCCUGGAUGGCUGGGAAACUGUAAAGACGAGCUGUGCGGAGCAGCCUGUGAAAUGGAAACAGAUCGGGAGGAAAUGGAGAUCAUAAAAAGUGAAGCCACUUGUUCGUUCUGCCUGGAUUUCUACAUGGACCUGAUGAAGUUAAACUACGGCCACGUCUACUGCUGAGUGUCUGUUGUUCAGUGUCUGGUGACGGACCAGGGAGCUGUCUCCUGCCCUCAAUGCAGCAACAGUUCACUGUGAGAGACGAUUUGCCCAGGAUCGUGGGGAGCGAAGUGAUGCUGAGUCCAACUUGUGGGGAGACAGGGCUGGGCUGUGAUGAACAUGGCGAGCCGUUGAAAGUGUUUUGCGAGACUGAUCAGAGGGCCAUCUGUCUCGAGUGUGUAUGCAGCGUUCACAGGACUCACACAGCCACUCCCAUAAGGGAGGCUGUGGCUCUAUACAAGGGCAAAUUGCAAGAGGCAAUGGAGAAGAUUAGCAGACACGCAGAUGAGGUGUUGGAAACCAGAAGAGCAGAGGAGAGCAGUGUGGCCGAUGUGAAGAGAGGAAUGAUUGCUCUGCAGAAGAACAUGGCUCAUGAGUUUGGGAAACUCCACCUGUUUCUCAGUGAGGAGGAAGAGGCUCUGGCUCAGAGACUGAAGGAAAGGGAGGCAGAUCUGCUUCUGAAGCUGGAGCAGAACAUCAAAAAAGCAUCCAGAGAGAUCACCCUGUCCGAGCAACUCAUAAGGAACAUUCAACAACGGCUUGGCUUGCAAGAUGGUGACCUGCUAAAGAAUGUCAAGCUGGUCCUCGAGAGCCUGGGCCAAACGUGUGAUAAAUUCCAGGUCCCCCUGAGAGUGCCUGUGGACGUGGGUCUGGGGGAGAUGAAUGGGCCUCUACAGUACGCAGUCUGGAAACGCAUGUUGCAAGUCAUCGCUCCAGUUCCGGCUCUGCUGAAGCUCGAUGCCAGCACAGCACAUCCGCGGCUGAUGAUUUCAGAGGAUGGAGCGGAGGUGAGGCUGAGCGCUGGACAGCAGAGCGUGAUGGAGAACCCGGGCCGUUUCACUGACAGACGUUCUGUGCUGGGAGCUCAGGCGUUCCUCACGGGACGCCAUUAUUGGGAGGUAGAGGUGGGCAACAGCCCAGUGUGGAGCCUGGGCCUGGCUGGGAAGUCAAUGCCCAGGACAGGCAGCACCAAUCUGGGCCCCGAGACAGGCUUGUGGGCAGUGAGUCUGCACUGGCAGAAGGGCUACAGAGCCCUGAGCUCACCUCCAACCCCACUGACCCCUUCUCAGAGACCUCGGAAGGUCAGAGUUUACCUGGAUUAUGAGGAGGGACAGGUGUCAUUUUACAACGCUGACAACAUGUCCCAUCUCUACACUUUCACCCAAACUUUCACUGAGAGUCUCUAUCCCUAUUUCAGCACUGCCUCCAAAGCCCAGUCUCUGAGGCUGGUUACACGGCAGGGCAUGUGAGAGACCUCCUUCUGAUCAUUGCACCUCUCUUUCUCUUUCUCUCUCUCACC